GUACGUCUCCUCGGGCAGCAUAGUGAUUAGCAUCAACAGCUUGCUAGCGAGGAAGAAACAGUGGGAUAUCUCCCAGCUUUCUAGUAUUUUCCAUUCCCUUUCCCCUUCCCAUUUCACAUUUCAGACGGGUUUUAUUUCCACAUGGUUUGCUGAAUUUGGUAGCAACAGAAACAGGGCAACCACGAUAUUUGUUUUGUAUCGUUCAAAGGCCAGGGUUACAAACACGGUCAAACGCAGAUGGCGGUCACAGUAGAGGAGCUGUAUCGAAACUAUGGGAUCCUUGCAGACGCAAAGGAUGACCUGAGUCAGCACAAAGAUGCAUACCAAGCUAUCUUGAACGGGGUGAAGGGUGGCCCGAAGGAGAAACGGCUGGCUGCCCAAUUCAUCCCCAAGUUCUUCAGCAGUUUCCCAGAGUUGGCUGACGCAGCCAUCAACGCCCAACUCGACUUGUGUGAAGAUGAAGACGUGUCUAUCCGGAGGCAGGCUAUCAAAGAACUCCCUCGAUUUGCUUCUGGAGAGAACCUUCCCAGAGUGGCUGACAUCCUCACACAGCUUCUGCAAACAGAUGACUCGGCGGAGUUUAACCAAGUCAACACGGCACUGAUCUCAAUAUUCAAGAUUGAUGCAAAAGGAACUCUGGGUGGGCUGUUUAGCCAGAUACUGCAUGGCGAAGACAUUGUGCGAGAAAGGGCCAUCAAGUUCCUUUCCACCAAACUCAAGACGAUGCCUGAAGACGUCAUGACUAAAGAGGUCGAAGACCACAUCUAUGCCGAAACCAAGAAGGUGCUGGAGGAUGUGACGGGGGAGGAGUUUGUGCUGCUGAUGCGCAUCCUGUCAGGGCUGAAGACACUGCAGACGGUGAGUGGCCGGCAGCAGCUGGUGGAGCUGGUGGUGGAGCAGGCCUUCCUGGAGCAGGCCCUCAACCCUGCAGACACAGACGCCGUCGACCGCCUGCUCCAGUGCACGCGCCAGGCACUGCCCCUGUUCUCCAAAAAUGUGCAUUCCACUCGUUUUGUGAGCUAUUUUUGUGACCACGUCCUGCCCAACCUCAGCACAUUGACGAGCCCAGUGGCGGAACUGGACAUCCAGCUUGAGGUGCUGAAGUUGCUGGCAGAAAUGAGUCCGUACUGUGGAGACAUGGAGAAGCUGGAGACCAACCUCAGGAUGCUGUUCGAGAAACUCCUGGAGUUCAUGCCACUUCCCCCGGAGGAUGAGAAUGGGGAGAAUGCGGGUAACGAGGAGCCCAAGCUGCAGUUCAGCUACGUGGAGUGCCUCCUCUUUGGUUUCCACCAGCUCGGCAAGAAGAUGCCAGACUUCCUCAUCGAGAAAAUUGACGCAGACCGGUUGAAGGACUUCAAAAUCAGGUUGCAGUACUUUGCCAGAGGGCUUCAGGUUUACAUCCGUCAGCUUCGUGUUGCACUGCAAGGAAAGACGGGGGAGGCCCUGAAAACGGAGGAGAACAAAAUCAAAGUGGUCGCUCUGAAAAUCACAAACAACAUCAAUAUCCUGAUCAAGGAUCUCUUCCACAACCCCCCAUCCUACAAGAGCACAGUGACUCUCUCCUGGAAACCAGUACAGAAGGAGCCUGCAGCAGUCGGUCAGAAGAGGCCGUCGGGAGAUGACGGGUCUGCCACGUCUGUGAAGAAGAUAUCAGCACCAGUGCUGCCUAGGAGGGACGCACGGCAGAUCUACAACCCCCCCAGUGGCAAAUACAGCGGUACCAUCGGCAACUUCCCAUACGAGCAGCGUGGAGGUUUCCGAGGAGGCAGAGGACGAGGCUUCGGAGGACGGGGGAACCGGAGCCGAGGGAGGAUCUACUGAGCUGUGUGUGAAGGACUGUUAUCACAUUAUGAACUCCCACUCAUGAUCGGAGGAAGAAGGAGGUGGCUCUUAGUCUGUUGGUGCACUGAGCUUGAUAAUCUAAUCACCUCAGUGACUCUGUCCAAACCCCAGCGUGAUUUUAAGUCAUUCUGUUAGGUUCUUUCCAAAAGAAAGUUUUGGUCCCUUUUCAGAGAAUGACCUGCAUUGCAUUUGGUUGUAUUUUUUUUUUCUCCCUCCACCCUUCUUUGCCUGACUCUUUUUGUGGAACAAGGACUGCCAACUUGUACUUUAAUAUUUUUUGUGUUUGUUUUGAAUUGUUGGAAAAAAAAAUAUUGUUUUACAAAUGAUGACUUGCAUUGUACCUUUUUUAUUUAACCUUUUAAUUUUUUGUAGAGGUUCAUGUUUGAUGUAGGUAAGAAAACCUGUUGCAAGUUUGUAAAAUCCUGAUAAUGUUUUUCAUCUGAAUUUUUAUCAUAAAGUUGUCUUUAAAGUCA